AUGACGCAGGGUCUGGUUGAGGCCAAGCCGCCCUCCUCUUCCACGUCUUCUCUCCUUCCCUUCUCGCCCCAGGCAACAUGCGAACCUCCAACUGGCCCAGGGAAGGAACUUUCCCAGGGAACCGCAAGCCGCCCCCCACACCCCACCUCCAGCAGCACCCUCUCGCCCUGUCACCGCACCUUCACUGUGAGCCGCGGACCCCAUUUCCCUGCCGUCCCCCUCCCCCUCCCGGGAGCUGUGACCACCGGACCCAACAUUUGCGCCUUCGUCUUCGUGGCCCGGAAGCGGCCCCGCAGGCGGAGCAUGACGAGUGGCCACGUGCUGCACAGCGGCUGGCUGAGGAAGUCACCCCCCGAGGAGAAGUUGAGGCUCUUCGCCUGGAGGAAACGCUGGUUUAUCCUGCGGAGGGGCCAGACUAGCAGUGACCCAGAUGUUCUGGAAUACUACAAGAAUGAUGGCUCCAAGAAUCCCCUGCGCACCAUCAACCUGAACCUCUGUGAGCAGCUGGAUGUUGGUGUGACUCUGAACUUCAACAAGAAGGAGAUUCAGAAGGGCUACAUGUUUGACAUCAAGACCAGUGAGCGUACCUUUUACCUGGUGGCUGAGACCAGGGAGGACAUGAACGAGUGGGUCCAGAGCAUCUGUCAGAUCUGCGGCUUCAGGCAGGUUGAGGAAAGCACAGGCUCCCUGGGAAACAUUUCCUCAGCCAGUCACGGCCCCUGCUCUUCUGCAGCUGAGCCCAGCCGCUCCCAUCAGCACCUCCCCCAAGAACGAGAACCCGCAUCUGAACCCCCUGUGUCUCACCAUGUGCCGCCCAUCUGGCCCAUCCUUGCACCUCGGGGGUGUCUCUGCUCGCACCAGCACGCCAGCCAGAAAGCAGGACAUGCAAGGAGUGCCAGCUUCUCGCAGGGCUCCAGGGCCCCAUUCCCCUUGAGGAGAAGCACAGCCAUGCAAAAUCUUGCCCAGCACUGUCAAUACAGUGUCGAUGGAGUCAGCGGUCACAUCCAUGGCUUCCAUAGCCUUUCCAAGCCGAGCCAGCACAAUACAGAAUUCAGAGGCGGCACCUGCAGAACCCCCUGGAGCCUGGCCUCCCAUGGCCACACCAGAGGCAGCCUCACAGGCUCUGAGGCAGAUAAUGAGGGUGUGUACCCCUUCAAGGCACCCAGAAGCACCCUGUGCCAGGAGUUUGGGGACCACCUGGUGAACAAUAAUGGUGUUCCAGCCAUCCCACUCUCAGCGCACCAGAUCCCUAGGACAGUCACGUUAGACAAGAACCUCUGUGCCACGGCCAUGGCCACUCCCGGACCCAUUGGCUCCCUUCCCCUGCCCAAGGCAAGUCAGGCAGAAGCAUUUAGAGGCCAGGAGUCUGGCAACAUCUUGGCCAUGUGGGUGUCUACAACAGCCUCCCAGUGCGGGGACCACGCUCUAAAGGCGUCAGCACCCGGAGAUGACUUGACCUAUCCAGUGACCGCGACGUGGUCCACACACCUCUCUGGCCAUUACGGCGAAAGGACUACUAACACUGAGAAGGUGCAUCCUUCUUAUUUUCGGAGUGCCAGCUUCUCGCAGGGCUCCAGGGCCCCAUUCCCCAUGAGGAGAAGCACAGCCGUGCAAAAUCUUGCCCAGCACUGUCAAUACAGUCCAGGAAAAGCACUCGUGGGCUUGUCGGACAGCAUUGCUUCUGAGGACAGCUGUGUGCCCAUGAACCCAGGCUUCCCUACCCUGGUGGCUGUGGAGCAAGCAGGCAGCGAUUCUCAGGGUGUCUGCACCACUGUGGGCUCAUGUCCUGUUUGCUUUAACCUGCUUGGCUUCCCACUCACGGAGCUUUCUGUGCACCAAGACGUCAGCCAGGGACGUGAGGUCCAGCUGCCCCCUGUCAACCGCAGCCUCAAGCCUAACCGGAAAGCAAAUCCAACACCAUCCAACCUGAGAAACAACAGGGUCAUCAGUGAGCUCUCCUUCAAGCCACCUGUCACAGAGUCCUGGUCUGGGACCAGCCACACCUUUUACUCCAGCUCCUCCCAAUACCCCAUCUCCAUGCAGAGCAUCACCAGCACAGACUCAGAAGACAGUGGAGAGAGAGAUAUUUUCUUGAACGCGGCAUCUGCAUUUCCUGUUUCUGGUGGCACCAGCAGUUCAGCCCUGCCAAGGAGCACUGGUACCAUCCACUAUGUGGCCCUGGACUUCCAGCCGAGCAAGUCAUCCAUAGGCUCUGUCACGUCCGGCGAGAAGGUGGACUAUGUCCAGGUGGAUCUGGAGAAGACCUGGGCCCUGCAGAAGACCAUGCAUGAACAGAUGUGCCUGCGGCAGUCCUUGGAGCCUCCCAGGGGUGCCAAGCUGUGA